UUCUGGCCGGGUCAUCCUUGGUCUUUCCGCGUAAGGAAAUGGCCGGGGGGUUUCAGAGAACCCAGGCGCCGUUGCCUCGGAGGAGCCCGGGCUGACGAGGCAGGGCAGCGGGGUAAACCGGAGCAGUUCUGCGCGGGGUGGGGAGGCCAUGGCGUCCAGCAGCAACUGGCUGUCGGGGGUGAAUGUUGUGCUGGUGAUGGCCUACGGGAGCCUGGUGUUUGUGCUGCUGUUCAUUUUUGUGAAGAGGCAAAUCAUGCGCUUUGCAAUGAAAUCCCGAAGGGGACCUCACGUCCCUGUGGGACACAAUGCCCCCAAGGACUUAAAAGAGGAGAUUGAUAUUCGACUAUCCAGGGUUCAGGAUAUCAAGUAUGAACCUCAGCUCCUUGCGGAUGAUGAUGCAAGACUGCUGCAGCUGGACACCCAGGGAAAUCAGAGUUGCUACAACUACUUAUACAGGAUGAAAGCUCUGGAUGCCAUCCGUGCCUCUGAAAUCCCAUUUCAUGCUGAAGGCCGGCAUCCCCGUUCCUUAAUGGGCAAGAAUUUUCGCUCCUACCUGCUAGAUCUUCGAAACACUAGUACUCCUUUCAAGGGUGUGCGCAAGGCCCUCAUUGAUACCCUGCUGGAUGGCUAUGAAACAGCCCGCUAUGGGACUGGGGUCUUUGGCCAGAGAGAGUACCUGCGCUAUCAGGAGGCCCUGAGUGAGCUGGCCACAGUGGUCAAAGCACGAAGUGGGAACUCCCAGCGACAGCAUCAGUCAGCAGCCAAAGACCUAACCCAGUCUCCUGAAGUCUCCCCAACAACCAUCCAGGUGACCUACCUCCCCUCCAGCCAGAAGAGCAAACGUGCCAAGCACUUCCUUGAAUUGAAGAGCUUUAAGGACAACUAUAACACACUAGAGAGCACUCUGUGAUGGCACUGAAGGGCUUGCUGUGGAUGGAGCCAGAGAGACUGCACGGUGCUUGCUGGGUGCCCCUCAGGUCAUCUGGAUCAGCUGAAGCUCCUGGUCGUGUCCACAGCUCUUAGACCUCAUGCCUAGAGAAUCAUUCUCCAAGCCUUCCUUAUGGCCAGUUUCAAAACACCAGUUAAGACUUUAUUUUCCUUUGGUAGCACUUUUUUUCUGGAGUUGAAUUAAGAUGUUUUUCUUAAUGUUUCUGUCAGAGCUUCCUUAAAAAUCCUCACUUGGUUUUGAUCAUAGUUCAUCUGCCCCUUUCUAGACUAUAAUCCCAAGGGUGAGAGAGUUGGGGUGACAGGGGAAGAAUGGUCAGACCAAUGCACUGGUCUGACUUUAUAAAUUAAUAAAAUGAACAAUAAAACAAAAAAAAAAUAA